AUCCUGCUGAGGAAGAAGCAUGGGGGCCUGGCCGAGAAGGAGUCGCUGACCAAUGUCCUCACCUGACUGGCCCCCAGUCCACAGCGAUGGCCCUGUCCCCAGCUCUUGGCCAUGGACUCUCCUCAGAGCCCCUCAGUCAGCCUCAGGGUGCUCCUAGGGAGCUGGACGUUGCUGAAUGGACCAUCAUGCCUGCAGAGGAGACAAACAGGUCAGAGCAGGCCCAGGCCUCCUUGGGCCCUCCUGAACACGUCACAGGUGAACUGAAGGACACAGAGCCUGCCAGCAGUGCCCCAAGACUACCCCUGGCCUCUUCCCAUGAGCAUCAAGAUGGGGGCAAGCGCCGUGAGCAUGCUGUCUCUGGCCUGGAAGUACUAGAAACUGAGCAGGACAGCCUCCAUCUUUGUCUGUUGGGAUUGAGCUUCCAGCUACAGGACCUGGAACAAGGCCUGGGAUCAUGGACACUGGCCCACAGCAGGAUGGUCCAGCUGCAGGCCCUGCAGGCAGAGCUACGAGGGGCAGCCGAGCGUGUGGAUGCAUUACUGGCAUUUGGUGAAGGGUUGGCAGAGAGGAGUGAGCCCAGGGCCUGGGCAUCUCUGGAGCGGGUCCUGAGGGCCCUUGGAACCCACCGAGAUACCAUCUUCCAACGACUCUGGCAGCUACAGGCCCAGCUGAUCAGCUAUAGCCUGGUGCUUGAGAAGGCCAACCUCCUGGACCAGGACUUGGAAGUUGAGGGAGACUCAGACGGGCCAACACCUGGUGGAAUCUGGGGGCCCUGGGCACCUAGUACCUACCCGACUCCUGCAGAGUUGGAAUGGGACCCAGCAGGGGAUGUUGGGGGUCUUGGGCCCUCAGGGAAAAAGAUAUCUCGGAUACCAGGAGUUCCCUGUGAGCUGUGUGGCUACAGGGGACCCCAGGACAGCGGACAGGGCCUUGAGGACCUGCUCACGUUGGGGCUCAGCCACCGGAAACAUUUAGCAGCUCACCAUCGAAGGCGUCUCCGGAAGCCUCAGGACCAGAAGAGACAAGCGUCUCCCAGUCCACCGGAUGUGAUGCUGGAGGUGGAUCCCGGGGUCCCGGCUUCUGCUUCCAGGCGACCCCUGACGCUCUUCUUUCUCCUUCUCUUGUUCCUUCUGGUGGGUGCCACAUUGUUGCUGCCCUUGUCAGGGGUCCCCUGCUGUUCUCAUGCCCGACUGGCCAGGACGCCCUACCUGGUGCUCAGCUAUGUCAAUGGUCUCCCUCCAAUCUGAGUCCAUGGCCCAGACAU